UUUUUUUUCCCCGUUAUCAAAAAACAGCCGACGAACAAGAACCCUAGAAAUUCAUCCUUCGCCUCCUCCUCUUCCAAAUUUCCCAAAUUUUGAUUCCUUAUCCAGAAAGUAAAGACGGGAUAGAAGAUUCCCAAUGUACGCUUUAUCUGUUCGUCUCGUUUAGAAUCACUCACACUCCUCUCUCUCUCUCUCUCUCCGUUUCGUAUCGUCUAGAUUUCGUUUCUCAGGGUUCUACACAGUUCCAAGCGUUCGUUCACGCAUAUCAACAAGUCUCAGGCCAAUUCAAUACUGAAGAUGUCGUCAUCACCUUUUCCAAUCUUGGACAACCGCCCAAUUGACAAGUGGAAGGUUACGGAGCUGAAGGAAGAGCUUAAGAGACGGAGACUCACUACACAAGGCUUGAAGGUUGAUUUGGUUAGGCGUCUUGAUGACGCCCUUCGUGCUGAGCAACAAGAGUCUCAGAGCCUCAAUACUGCUGCUACUGUGGCAGCGAAUCAACAGGCUGAGAUUACUAAUGCAACUGGAGGUAACGUUACACCAGAUCAGAUGCAAACCACUCCUGUUGCUCUAGCUGAAGCGGCAUUCAGCAUUGACACCACUCUAUCUGCAGCUGAGACAACUCCAGAACCAACUGUGGUUAAGUCAACAACUGAAGCAUCGGCUGCGAUUGGGACAACGCCACCUCCGGUGGUUUCUAAACCAGAGGUUAACGCUGGUGGCCUUGAUGAUGUUAGAGAAGUAGCUGGUCUUGAUAGUUCAGUGGUUGAUGAUGCGAAGCUACAAGAGCCUGAGUUUGCAGAUGUGAAAGAUGGAGUGGGAUCUGGUGUGACUGCAACUGAUGCACUAGUUGCUGAUGAGGCGUCUAAUAAGGCCCAACCUACAGAUUCGGAGCUUGAAAAAGCUGCUACGGACAACCAGGUAUCUGUUGUUACAGGGUAUGAGGUAAAAUCUGAUUGUAUUUCUACUGAUUCUGUGCCAACUAAUGAAAAAAUGGAUAACGAAAUUGCUGCUGAUGAUGUCAAAUUAGAACAAAAUGUUAGUAAGUCCCAAGAGCCAUCAACAGUCAUUGGUGAAUCGCAUCCAAUGGAUGUCGAGAAGGUUUCUGUUGGAGGUGGAGUUGUCAGUGAUGCUGCUAAUGCAGCAGAUAUGACCAAAGGAAAUAAUAAUAAUAUCGAUGCAGGCGACUCAGAGAAGUUGAAUUUAGAUAGAAGUUCUGGUGAUGAAUCUAUGGAGGAUGAGCCUGAGUCCAAGCAAACCGAAUCAGUUACAUCUCAUGAAGUGGUGGAUAAGUCUGAGAAAAACGAUAUUGUGGAUGCUGGGAAAGUGGAAACCCCUGAAAACAAAAGCCAUCCACUUGUGGUAUCUGACAAGAGAAAGCUUCCUGGUAAUGAUCAAGAAGCUGUUGGAAACAAUGAGCCUGUGAAAAGGCAACGCAGAUGGAACUCUGGGAGUGUUAAAGUUCCUGAAGAACAGGCCACUAAUAGCGUGGCGGCACCCACUACAACACCGAGGUCAACUGGUCUGAAGCGUGACUUCUCCCGUUCUGACUCUUCGGUUAGUGAGGAUGGACCCAAGGAACGUGUGGUUCCUCCAUCGUCGAAGGAGCCUACGGAUUCCCUGAGGAUUGAUCGUUUCCUUAGGCCGUUCACACUGAAAGCUGUUCAAGAGCUUCUGGGCAAAACUGGAAACGUCACUAGUUUCUGGAUGGACAGCAUUAAGACCCACUGCUAUGUAUCUUAUUCUUCAGUUGAAGAAGCGGCAGCAACAAGAGAAGCAGUGUAUAACCUCCAGUGGCCUACCAACGGAGGCCGCCUUCUGACAGCUGAAUUUGUUGGAUCAGAAGAAGUGAAGGCGAAACUGGAACCUCCUCCUCCUCCUCAGGCUAAGCCUCAGCCACAGGCUCAGGCUCCUUCUCGCCCACCAGCAACUACUUUGCCACCACCACCGCCUUUGGCAAAAGCACCUCCAGUCAUUGAACGUCUUCCUCCGCCACCUCCUCUAAUUGCUGAGGAACAAGAGGCUCCCAUAGUCACACUGGAUGAUCUUUUCAAGAAGACAAAAGCUAUCCCCAGGAUAUAUUACUUGCCCUUGUCAGAUGACCAAGUUGCAGCUAAACUUGCGGCUAAUAACAACAAGUGAUCUUGGUUGCUUCUUGUUGUGAUUUCAUGUCAUUGUUUUCGUAGCAGGCUUCUUAGGGAAUUUAGCUCUCAGUGCGGACAAAAGUUGAGGACUUGGUUUGGCUAUUAUCUAGUGUUAGAAAGCAGGAGAAGACUUUAUGUUUUUUUUACUUGACUUUUGCUUGGAACUUAUUGUGCUGGACCCUCUUUGCUCUCCA